AUGACUAAACCACUCUUGUGUUCUUCUCUUUUUUUAGUCAUCAUUCUCCAUUUGGCAAUCUCUAAAAGUGAAAAUACUUGUGUUCGUUCUGGUGAAGAGCCCAAUAGGUUUCCUGUCAUUGAACCCUCUGUUAGCAUUGGGAUUCUGGUAAGAAACAAGGCUCACAGUCUUCCCUACUUUCUGAGUCAUCUCGAGCAACUUGAUUACCCCAAAGAUCGUAUUCAUCUAUACUUCCGCGUUGAUAACACGAUUGAUAGAAGUGCUCGGAUACUUGAAACUUGGGUUGAUAGUGUCCGAGGUUUGUACCACAGUGUUGAACUGGAGAUAGAUGAGAGGAGUUCGAAUCCCAUUAGCCCCAACUGGGCCCAGGAUCAUCACAAACACCUGAUAAAGUUGCGUCAAAAAGCCCUUGAACGUGCCUAUGCGUUUAAUGCCGAUUAUUUCUUUAACUUGGAUGCUGAUGUUAUUUUGCUCAACAAAGCGACCUUAAGGCGACUUGUGGAAGCAAGUGCUUUGCCUAUGCAAGAUUAUCCAACACCGAUUACUGUGAUUGCUCCAAUGCUCAACUGCACCACCUCCGAUGUGUUCUCUAAUUUUUGGGGCGAGAUGACUGCCGAAGGUUAUUACAAGCGAUCGGCCGAUUAUUUUGAUCUUCAACGCAGGCAAAAGAGUGGGAUUUACCCCGUGGCAAUGGUUCACACUGCCGUCCUGGUGAAUUUACGACACACCAAGGAUAAACGUCUAGCAUUUGAUCCCCCACCUCCCGGCUACAAAGGGCCAACCGACGACAUCAUAAUCUUUGCCAGAAACGCUCAAGCUCAAGGUAUCCAAUUUUACCUUGACAACCGGGAAUUCUAUGGUUACUUUCCCUUGCCCGUUGAUGAGGCGCAGAUUCCGAGGCUCUAUCGUGACUCAUCCAGGUAUUUACUUGAGAGGGAAGCCGAACUAUUUCUACAUCUCCGGCUGAAUGCCGCUUUCGAUGAUGCUCUCCCGAAGGAGCUCGCUUUGAAAGUCUCUCCACUGAUGGAAAGAUUCACAGAACUUCCCAAACCGUCUCGCCUUGGGUUUGAUCAGAUCUACCUCAUUAACUUGGAAAGGAGACCAGAUAGGCUAGAGAAGAUGACGUAUGCUUUGCGUGAACAGGGUAUUGAGGCGAAGUUGAUUCGAGCCACCGAUGGAAAGGAGCUCAACCCGGAGAGCAUUAAACAGUGGAACAUCACACAGUUGUCAGGGUAUGCUGACCCCUAUCACAAAAGAGCUCUUAAGUACGGCGAGAUUGGGUGCUUCCUGAGUCAUUAUCGGAUUUGGCAGGAUAUGCUCACGGACGACUAUGAACGCAUUCUAAUCCUAGAGGAUGACCUGCGUUUUGUGCCCGGUUUUACUCGUCGUCUACGAGCGACUGUUGAGGAAGCUGACGUUGGUAUGCCUGAUUGGGAGCUGCUUUACGUUGGUCGUAAACGCAUGUCCAGCAAUGAAGAGAUGGUUCCAGGCACUCGCCACUUGGCUUUUCCUAGCUACACCUACUGGACCCUGGCCUACGUCCUCCGACGCUCCGGAGCCCACAAAUUGAUGGCUCAGCGACCGUUAGAGAAGAUGGUAGCGGUGGACGAGUUUCUUCCGAUCAUGUUCGAUCAGCACCCCAACAAACUCUGGCUCUCCCAUUUCGGCCCUCGCAACCUUUUAGCUAUCUCAGCGGAACCACUUCUUGUGGAGCCACAAAGGUACACUGGGGAGCCUUUCUACGUAUCCGACACGGAAGAUUCGGAUAUUAUACCCGAGUAUCUCUAUGGUGGCAAAAGUAAUAAAAACAGGAAAAGUUAUUUGUGA